CGUUCGCUGUGUGGAGGCGCGCGGCGCCGCUCGUUUCCAUGACAGCAGAGUUAGCAAACUGCCCUGUUGCCGUGAGCUCAUUAUUAACAGCCGCAGCGAGUCGGGACAAACGCCACUGGUUAUUCCUGUUAUUUAUUCUGUUUUUGGCUUAAAACACAUACAGGGCUACUCUGACAGGCUCUACGGUGCCAGAGCUGUGUCCUGUUUCCGUUGCGGGAGGGCUGCUGAAAAAAAAAAAAAAAAAACAACUACCAGGAGUCACGCAGCACCAGCACCAACCUUUUUUCCCCUGAGAGAAUUGUUUCAGUGUUGUCCAACAUGAUUUAACUGCUAAUAAAAGCAAAGCGGACGAUGGAGACGUUUGGAGGCGGUGUAGCUGCUCUGGGAGGUGAAGAAGACGCAGAGGAGGAAGAGAGGGGUAAAGUUGAGGCUUUGCCCCCGCUGCUGGAAGAUGAGGAGAAUGUGUCUUUGGCAGAUAUACUGUGUCUGAGAGACAGCUGUCUGUCUGAACAGGAGGUGUGGGCAGUGUGUGCAGAAUGUGUGCGCUCACUGCAGAGCAUUUCCUGCUCUCCUCUUUUUUACACUCUCUGUAUUACACCAGACACUCUGGCCUUCAACGCUCAUGGAAACGUGUGCUUCAUGGAACAGCUCAGUGAUGACCCUGAAGGCUCCUUUGUACCUCCAGAGUUUGACAAGACUGGGAACACAUUUGAGGGUCAUGUUUUCUCCCUUGGCUCCACACUUUCAGCUGCUCUGGGUUAUGAUAUAGAACCUGAGACAGAAGCGGUGUUGGGGGUCGAUACCUGCAGGUUGCUUGAACAAAUGCAAGAGGAAAAGCCAGGAGACCGGCCUUGCCCACAGGUCAUCCUAUCUCUAGCAGAAGCCAAAAUCACAGACACUACAUCCAGAGCAGUGUGUCGAAAGCUCUCAGCCAUCGGAAGAAGAGUGCUGUCCAUAGAAUCGGUUGCACCUUUCCAAGAUGAAUGGGACAAAUCAUAUCACUUUAUGGCAUAUAAAGGCUCAUGGACAAGCUCGGUUGAGAAUCAUACAUAUGACCAGCGCAUGUCAAGACAUUAUUCUUCAGAUUCUCAUGAAGAUGAUGAACAUCUGGUUAAACAAAGGCGAAGAGUCUGCAAUGGUUCAUUCCGUUCUGGAAGCGUGGAUGGAUAUCACGGAGGUCCAAUGUCUCUCCGAGAUGUGAACUCAUACCCAUCUCAGAAUGGCUCCCCUGUUCUUAAGAUGAACCAAGAGGUGAGGUGGAGGAGAUCACGGAGUGCCCUGAACCGCUCCUGCUCCAUUCCUGACUCCAACAACCCCCCUGUGUUCUCAUCUCCAUCACACACAAACCUGAGCAUGAUGGUAGCAGACUUGUCAGAGAUUGGAGGAGAAGAGAGUAUGAUGAUGCAAUGGGAGGACCAUAUGCUGAAGGAAACACACAAAAUGUCUGCACAGGAUGAAGAUGCAGGUGGAACAGAGGAGGUUCUCAGCCACUCUAUAGAAACUGUAAAUAGAAUAAGUAAUGGCACCCCUACUCAUGUCAGCAUAGAUGCAGCUCCAGAUUACACAGGUCAAAGUGAAGUUGUAAGGGACGAAGCCCCUGUGCUCUCCACAUGUGUAGAGGAGGAGAUAAAGAAUAGUAAUCUGUGCUGUUCUAACCAUAUGGCCAAAAGCAUGCUGUGCCUCAAUGCAGAAUCUCAGGAUGAGUGGGUCUCUCUGCGGGAACUGCUGUCACACUGUACACAGCCACUGUCUGUGAAUGAGUUGUGGGCCCUGUGUUACACCUGCCUGUCCACACUGCAAACCUACACUGAUUUCCCAGCUUACCUGUGCCUGGACUCUGUGUAUGUGGGCUGUGAUGGAGAGUUGCUGUUCCUUAUGCCUAAAAACACAGGAUCCAACGAUGUCUUUUAUGUAGCUCCUGAAUUCCAGGAACAUGGUAUUUUAACAGAAAAGGCCUGCAUAUAUGGAGUGGCAGCUAUUUUGUGGGCCACAGCUAAAUUUCAUUUGUCCCCUAAUCAGAAGCUAGCAAUGCCAAGGAAACUCAAGAGGCUCCUGCUUGAGAUGGCCAAAAAAACUCCUAUUGAAAGGCCAUCAAUUGUUAUGGCAAAAAAGAGUUGCCAUGAUUAUCUGACCCUUCAGGGGACUGAUGUUGAGACUGUGUGGACACAGCUAAUCAACAGACUUCACAAGGCAUCCAAUAGGUUUAAUGAAGAAGAAAGCUUCCUAGAUGUGGGCUCAUUCAAAAGCACAGCUACACCUGAGAGGAAAACUGGUUUCAUCCCUCUGGGCCAUGAUGUCAGGUUGGCCCCUGUAGCUGGUCCUCUUCCCCAGAGCAACUCUCUCUCCAUGACGGCAAGACUGCCUGAGGCUUUCACUUCUUUAGCAACCCACUUUACUCCUAUAGUAGUGGCACAGGAGGAUGUCAGGGAAGAGGAAUCGUCUAUCCCUCAGCCAAGGAUAGGCAGCAUCCCCAGUGAAAUUGGUAUUGGAAAUGAGGACCUGACAUCUGAAACACCACAACUUCAACAAAACUGGACACAGGGAGAGCAAGAGGAAGACCUUUGCUCAUCCUUGUCCAGUAGCACAACUGUUCUUACCUGUUCUUCACCUCACUCCAACCUCCAAACAGCCUGUCCAGAGUCAAACAGCCAGUCUCUGCCAGCCUAUCCCAACGUCUCAUGUUCUACUGGCGUUUACAACAACUUCCUCCUACAGCAGGACCCUCAGAGUGGUCGCCUGACACUGUUUCCUGUUCACAUAGCUGUUUCUCAGCCAAUCACAGGCCUAGAUCUUAGCGUGCCUUUGAGGGCAGAUUCAGAGACUGACUCAGGAACCCAAAACACUGAGCAUGAUGUGCAUCAUGUUACCAAGAAUGGAGAACCUGAUCACCAUUUCACAUCCUCUUACCACAAGAACAGCAAAGGCAACAUGCCAAAUAAUAGAGCUCACUUGAAUAACCCUGAGCCGCCCCAACAUACCAGGGUAUUGAGUACUAUACGACAGAGACAGCCUGUCCUGCAGCAGGUCAUUGGUCUUAUCCGAGAGGAAUUUGCCUUUGACUGUUAUCUGGAAAAUGGAGCAGAGGAGCUGGUAAUGGGAGAGUACAUCCUUUCUUUAACAAGCCUCCACUUUGAGACCUUCUGUAGAGCAAUAGUGGAGAAGUUCAGUGAUCUCCACUGGGACAAAGACCUACUAGGCUUGCUGCACUGUCUCGUCAAUCAUGACUCCUCUUUCCGCGCAUCUGUUGAAGAUCCUUCAUCAGAGCUGGAGGAAAGGGCAUUGACACCACUCCCAGAUGCCAAGAGGUGUGAGGGAGAGGAGGGAGGGAACACUGAACACGGCCACAAUGCAAACAAGUGCCAUGCUCCAGAAGAGAGAGAGCAUAAAGCAACUAGACAACAAAAUCAUGGAGAGACUAAGGACAAACAAGGACACAUAAGAACAGAAGACAGAACAGCAGAAAUCAGGAACGUGCAGAAAGAGACUCAGCCAGUCACAUUUAAGAAGCAUCAUCUUAAUGACAACACAGUGUUGAGUGGACUCAGUAUGGACCUGGAGAGCAGCAGCUCUCCAGUAGAUGGAGCUGAAGUAUGUGUGUCUACUGAUGAGUCUCUGUGCCAGCACUCUGAACUGGAGGAGAGUACAGAGACCCAGCUUUCCAUGGACUGCUCAGAUGCAGAAAUGGAUGAUUCUGAUUCAGUGAUCUCGGAUAGGACAGUGUCCUCCUACUCAGGCUUUCAGGGCCCUCUGUCCCGUCCUGCGUGGGCCCUGGCUCUGUACGGAGAAGUCUUUUUCAGCCAAGAAGUGGUGGAGUAUGCUUACAAACUGGGCAGCCACACUGACUCACCAAGCUUGGAAGAUAAAUCACAGGAACUUCAGCAACAGCUGAUGAUCGAGAGCAGAAAUUUAAAGAAGACCAGAAAUUUUUACCACAAACUAAUUCAGCAAGAGAGGAAAAAUAAAGGUUCUGAAGCAAAGGUGAUGCUCUCCAAACUGAGAGCCCAGUUUGAUGAACUAAGAACUAAAAUAGAGUUCCUUGACUCUGUAAGGCAAUAUCUCCAGGUGUUGUAUGUAGAUCAGUGGGGUUUGCCCCUCUCUCUGCUGCCCUCUUUGGCUUCUUCUGGCUCUUCCACAGAAGGCCUCAGAGCCAGUGAUGAUCCAGCUAUAUUGAGCCUGAUGUGUGAACAGCACAGAACAAGAGGUUGCUGUCCCCUACUGGCUGGAACACCCAAAGGCCUGAUGACCUAUUUAUAUGCCAGAAAUGCUCUUGUGGAAGGAUACAUCCAGCACUUUCUCUAUACCUACCGCUAUUUCUGUACUCCUGAGGAAUUCCUCCAGUUUCUAAUGGACAAAUUUAACAGCUCUGUAGUAGCAAACAAGGACUUCUCUACUGACAGUGCUAAGGUUUACCAUCGCACUCUGGACCUGUUAGAGUGUUGGAUAGAAGACAGCCGAUCAGUGGAUUUUACCUCCAACUCCUGCCUUCAACCAACCCUCAACAAGUUCCUCACAUCUGAGGUGACACCAGUGGACAGUCGUGGAGAGAGUCUACUCACAAUGCUACAAAAAAGUCCCAAAAAGAGGCGGACCUGUGGGGUGUCAAUUCGUGGGGAGAGUCCAAUCAGCGGUUGGGAUGACCUUGAUGUCCAAUCGGUUCAGUCCUUUUGCAGGAGAUCUUCUGUUGAUGAUGCAGCAAGGAAGAGUUUUCAGUGGCGUGUUUCUCGCGUGGUGGAGCCCCAGGUGAGCCAACCAAAGGAGAAGGUGUACUCAAUCGCUUCAGCACUGCCCCGACCCUGCUACAGUUCCCUGCUGAGCCAGCUGACCAAUGUGUCUGUGAGGAAUGAGGAGAGAGUGGCAUUCAGCCACACAGAGCACAGUCCCCUGAACACAGCACAACAGCUCACACUGCUCCAACAGGAAAUCUUCCAAGGCUGUCACCCUGUGCAUUUUCUCAACUCCAGAGCACAGGGAGUGAAAGAAAAAGCAGUCAGCAUCUCCAAAUGUUUAUCAUCUGAUCCCCCUCCACUAGAGGGCAGUAGUUUGUUUGUGGGUGAUGAGCCAGGGCGUGAUGGGCCUCUACAGCACCUCUUGAGAUAUGCAGAAAGCAUCAGUAACUGGGUCUCAGCUGAGAUUGUUAUCACAGACUCAGUAAAGGUUCAGACAGCCUUACUUGCCAAGUUUCUCACUAUUGCUAAGCAUUGUUAUGAAGCAAGGAACUUUGCUACAGCCAUGCAGAUUCUUGGAGGACUGGAGAACGUGAUUGUCCGACAAUUACCGGCUUGGAAGCAGCUGUCAGCAAAGAUGUCGGAUGUUCUUGAGGAGAUCAGGGCAGUUCAGGUGUUUUUGAAGAGUGACAGUUUAUGUCUGAUGGAGGGAGAGAGGGGAAGGAGGCAGCCCACGCUACCAGAUGCACACAUCCUGGCCAUGCACAUACAACAGCUGGAAAUCGGCGCCUUCACUUUGACUAACAAAGCAUACAAGUGGACCAAGUUAAGGUGGUGCAAUACAUCAAAUAUGCAAGAUAAAGAGUGCAUCAUGUUUUCAUUGGACUUGUUUGAAUUUUUUUACAUGCUCUAUUUAAAUGCUAUCAGUAGCUCAGGUGCGAACAGGUCAUGGAAAUCCAGUACGAAUCAAGCUUUGCUGCAGUAAUGUUUAGUCAUCUUUUAAUCUUUUCAUUUUGAGUUACUAAAUUAUAUGCAAACAUAAUACCAGCUUUUCAGUUGUACUAAUUUGCACACAGAAUCACCAAGACUGGACGUUCAGGCUUAGUAAUGCUGUGAGCUCAUAACUCUGGCCUCUAGGAAAAACAAAAGAAAAUGCCCCCUCCUACUUGGAAAGGUAUCCUCAAACCCUGAGUUCAGCAUAUGAUAUCAUGUCAACAUGGCCACUCAAACUGUAACAGUAAAUAAAAUGUCACUUCACUACUUUAAAUCAGUUUAUAGUAGAACUUAUUUUAGAUAAAUCAAAUAGACACAUUUGUUAAAUCUUAAAUGCUGACCAUAUACCAUAAUAUGCUUCAUAAACUCAUGAUCACUAAUAUUGGCUGGUUAGAUUGUUGCUAACAAAACCCACAUUCAUGUUCCUUCUCACUUUGUAGCUCAAAUGUGCACAAUUCAAAGUUAUUUAGUGAUACAAGUUCCAGUAGCAGUUCCAUUGAUGUGCAACUGAAGCUACACUUGUCACUGUCACUACACACAUCCCAAAAUAUUCUCAAAUUAAACCAUAAUACACACACACACACACACACACACACACACAAACACACACACACACAUUGGUAGACAUCUGUGGGGAUCAGAGGUCAUGGAGAUUCUGAGCGAGUGGUAAUGACACAGCUGGUGACUGCACAUGUCUCCGUGUCCAGUCGGGUUCACACGUCCUGAGUGUUCACAAGAUUGUGUACACCAAGCUUGAGGGGUGUGUGCAGCCAGAUGGUACAUCAGUCGUGACGGCCUGCUUGGGGUGAUGGGUUUGUGCCAGGUACCUGAGGGGUUGGGUGUUGUUGGCAGAUGCCAGGGUCUGAGUGGCUGUACUGAGAGUUAGACACACAGCUGGUUGUUAUACACCCAGAGCUGUCUGAUGGAAUCAGGACACACACUUUUCCCAAGCCAAGGGGAAGUUCAGCUAAAGGCCUGCUGAACUGGCCUCCACUGACUGUCAUGUGUUAUUGCAAUCUUACUUAUUUGUGUUUGGUGUAAAGUUUGCACUUAUUCCUUCACGGCACAGCAUGGCUCAUACAAAUUAACUCACAUUUGACAUUGUUUCCACCACAAACAAACCAUGCUGUGCCUAGCUACCUGUGUUGAAUUUGCUUAUCCUUCUUUCCCAGGUACCAUGCAAGCCAGGGACAUAUAGUUGGAGUUAAAAAUAUAUUCAGCAAAAAAAAAGAGAAACAUCCUCUCACAUUCAGCUGCUUUUAUUUCCAGGAAAUGUCUUAACAUGUGUAAAUAUUUGUAUUAACAUAAAAGCAUUCAACAACUGAUACAUAAACUGAACAAGUUUCACAGACAUUUGUAACAGAAAUGGAAUAAUGAGUCCCUGAACAAAGGGGGGUCAAUAUCAAAAGUAACAGUCAGUAUCUGGUGUCCUCCAGCUGCUUUAAGUACUACAGUGCAUCUCAUCCUCAUGGACUGCACCAGAUUUGUCAGUUCUAGGUGUGAGAUGAUACUCCACUCUUCCACAAAGGCAUUUGUAAGUUCUCCAUCAGGGGGACACACGGUUACAUGUGGUUUGCCACUGCAAGGACAAUCAGAUGUCCUUGCUGUCUCCCUGUAGCACUGUCUUAGGCAUCUUCCAUUACAGACAUUUCAGUUUAUUGCUCUGGCCACAUCUGCAGCCCUCAUGCCUCCCUGCAGCAGGCCUAUGGCAUGUUCACACAGGUAAAUGUUUCUUCCUGAUGUCAUCUCAAUCGUCUCACUGUCACCUCUGACUUCCUCAUUAGGGCUCUAAAUCAGCAUCUGGAUUUCUGUAAAGCUGCUUUUUUGCUAAAUCAGUCCCUAUAGGAUUUUGCAAUUUUGCGAUCACAGAAAUUAACAGAAAAAAUCAAGGAAACUCCUCAAUAUUGGCAGGAACUUGCAAUUUUUUCAGAAUUACAGCAGAUUUUCCACAGAUUUGUACCAAGAUGCGUCAUGUGAUGUCAUCACAAUGAGCAUUCAGCCAAAGCCCCCUUCAAUUCACAUGCAUCUGUAUACAUGAGUAUAGCUAAAAUUCUAAUUUACUAACAAACAUCACUUCGAAAGUCUCAAAAAACUCAGAAAAUUGCAUCGCCAAAUUUGAAAAAGCCACAGCAAAAUUAAGCAUUUUUGGGUGCAACAAUCACAAAAAAACUUAGUGAAAUCCUGUAUGGACUGAUAAGUGCUAUACAAUUAAAAUUAAGUUUAAUUUAACUCACCCUCUCAUUUUCUCUAUCCCUUUUCAAUCUCUUUCU